AGAGAGAGACCCAAUAACCACAUCCUGACCCAAUAACAUCCCUGCAUUAGAGAGCUCACAGGGGACCAAACUCCUGCACUAUCAGGCUCAGCCAGAGGACUCCAUUGGGGGAGAUGACUGAUAGUAACUGCACCCCUCAAUUUUUGGGGAGGUGAGAAGUGAGCCUCAGAAGACAUCCUUUUCUCUCUUGAAAGAGGGGACUUGAGUGGGUCUGUUCAUCUGAUUGGAGAUCUGUCCACUUAUUAGAAACAUUUAACUCGGGAUAAUUAAGGCCUUUUUGUUUUUUUCUUCUCAAGAAAAAAUAUUUUUCACUAUUUCUGUGAAAAGCCCUGCCAUGGAUGUUCUGGGCUGGCUGGUGGUACUAGUAGGAUCCUCUACCCUGGCUGCAGGACUGAGCAGUGUGGUCCGAAUCGGGUCUCACUGUGAAAAGGCAUGCAAUCCUCGUAUGGGUAACAUUGCCAUUGGCAGGAGCUUACGGACACAAACGACGUGCGGUUACAAUAACACUGAACUGUUUUGCACGUACAGUGAAAAGCCUGACCAGACCUGCAAUGAGCCAAAGUGUGAUAAAUGUAAUACGGCACUCCCGCGACUUUCCCACCCACCAUCAGCCAUGGCAGACUCCACUUUUAAAUUACCCCGGACGUGGUGGCAGUCGACCAGGGAUACUCCACAGGAGGUCAUACAGUUGGAUUUGGAAGCAAAGUUUUAUUUUACUCACUUAAUCAUGGUGUUCAAGUCUCCUCGGCCUGCUGCCAUGAUUCUGGAGAGAUCUCGAGAUUUUGGCCUCACUUGGCGCCCAUACAAGUUCUUCGCCACAAAUUGCCCUGACACCUUUCAGCUUGCAGAUGAUGUUGUAGAAAAAGGAUCACUUUGCACUUCGAGAUACUCUCAAGCUUUUCCAUGUAGUGGAGGAGAGGUGAUCUAUCGAGCUAUGUCUAGUCCUUAUUCCUCUGACGAUCCUUACAGCGAAGAAGCACAAGACCAACUCAUGAUCACUAACCUUCGCGUGCAGUUGUUGAAGCAACAGAUAUGUCCCUGCAAGAACAAGGAUCCAGACAUUAAACCCCAGUAUAUGGCCCACUAUGCAGUCUAUGAUUUUAUUGUUAAGGGCAGUUGUUUCUGCAAUGGACAUGCAGAUCACUGUGUCCCGAUAGAAGGAGUCCGACAAGCAAGGACAACAAGCAAAGUGCAGGUGGUGUACGGAAAGUGCAUCUGCAAGCACAAUACAUCUGGUCCGAAUUGUGAACGCUGCGCUCCUCUUUAUAAUGAUCAGCCGUGGCAACCAGCAAAUGGAAACACCGGGGCACCCAACAUGUGCAGAAAGUGUAAAUGUAAUGAUCACGCUGACAGCUGUCACUUUAGCCUGGAUGUAUGGAUCUCUUCAGGGAACCGGAGUGGAGGGGUGUGUGACAAUUGUCAACACAACACAGAAGGGAUCCACUGUCAGAAUUGCAAGCCAGGCUUCUUCCGAGAUUUGAAAAUUCCCUUCUCUGCACCAGACGCCUGUAAAGCAUGUUCAUGUCACCCAGUUGGAUCUGCAGUGCUUCCAUCUAGUGCGUACACAUACUGUGACCCCAACAACGGAGAUUGCCCAUGUAAACCAGGGGUAGCUGGUCCACACUGUGAUCGGUGCAUGGUUGGAUACUGGGGUUUUGGAGAAUAUGGCUGUAGGCCUUGCGACUGUGCUGGAAGCUGUGAUUCCCUUACUGGCGAUUGCAUCACUAACACGGAAAUCAACUGGUACCCUGAUAUUCUCUCGGUUUAUAAUGAGAGCGAGCAAGCCUGGGACUGGGAAGAUGAACAAGGCUUUUCUGCUCUUCGACAUUCAGGGAAAUGCGAGUGCAAAGAGCAGGUUUUAGGGAAUCCUAAAAUAUUUUGUGGCAUGAAAUAUUCAUAUGUUUUGAAAAUAAAGAUUUUGUCAGCUCAUGAUAGAGGAUCUCACGCUGAGGUUAAUGUUAAGAUCAAGAAAGUUUUAAAAAUGACAAAGGUGAAGAUUAUGCGUGGAAAGAGAACAAUCUAUCCGGAAUCCUGGACUAAUAGGGGUUGUACAUGUCCCAUUCUAAAUCCUGGGCUUGAAUAUCUCGUGGCGGGCUAUGAAGACACAAGGACUGGUCAUCUUAUAGUCAACAUGAAAAGUUUUGUUCAGCUCUGGAAACCAGCGCUGGGUAGAAAAGUUGUGGAAAUUUUGAAAAGGGAUUGCAAGUGAGCUGAAAGCAGAAGGCCUAUUGCAUUACAUAAUGCACUAAACAUACGUAACAAAUAAGGGAGACCCCCGUAACUUUCACAGUGUACAUUGGAGGAAAAAGAGCAUUUAACAGACACCAGAAGACGCAUCGCAAAAUUCUGUCGUCAUCAUCCAACUUGCUCGUUGCCCCAAGCGUUUUUGUACCAGGCAACCAAUCUUCAUGAGGCCUUGCUCUGCUGACAUUUAGACAAUUAUGAAGAUAUAAAUACAAUUGCAAUGAUUUAUAUAGCGUCAACAUAUUCCGCAGCACUGUACAAUAGAUAAACCAAGACAAAUAAUUCUAACAAAACACAUUUGACAUAUGAGAACAGUAGGUGAAGAGGACCAUACCGAAAUGAGCUUACAAUCUGAAAGGAUGAGUUACAAAAUGGUGUUGGACCGUGAUGUUAUUGAUAUACCAACUAUGGAGAUUAAUUAAUGUUGUAUGUUGCAGGCAGCAGUCAUACAACCUAUGAACAUGCAACAUAUGAAAAGCAAGAACUUUUAAUGAAAUGUAUUUUUUUUAUUUGAAGGUACAGAACAAAAUACUUAUAUUCAGGAAGUAUUCUAACUUUACCUCUUGAAAUGUAAAUCUUACAGUUGUAAGAAGCACUUUACUACUUGUUAAGUCAUAUUGUGAACAUUAUUUUUUUUUCAUUAUAAUGAAAAAGUAAGAAUUCUAGAAAGUUUUAAGAAAAGGAAAAAAAAAAAAAACGCACUCCAAGGACACCUUAACACAAAUGUAUCAUAUUUGUUUUUAUGUUUGUUAUUUUUAAAGCUUUAUUUAUAAGGAUAAACAUCAUUUCAUGGCGUAUGAGUUAUUAAAUGUAAGCCAUGAACCUUCCUGUUUUGUGUAAUUUAUUUUCAGAAUAAAAUACUCCUGUAACUACUGUGCAGAGGACAUUGUGCACUGUGGAAUAGAGUUGGAGUUAUGGAAUUAAGCAGAUUAGUAAUGUUCUGUUCUGGCAUUAUAGCUCAUUAAAAUUCACUCCUAUUA